AACCUUAAAAAAAUUGCACAAUAUCAUCCGACCUUUUUUCUGGCCAAAUAAAGCCACAUGCAUGGCACGUGACUUCAACCUCUCCCGCCGUAGGGUUUAACCGCUUCGAAACCCCCAUUCGCGAGCUGCCUGCCGCAGGCAGCUCAACCCCUCUCUCAGUCUCUCUCUAUCCCGUUGCCUGCUUAAUGUCGUGUUUGGCAGUGAUCCCUGCGAGAAAUGUUAUGGAGACGUAGAUGCAUUUCGCUGCUUCAGUCGCGACGCCGUCUCCUCCCUCCCUCUUCCUCCAUUCACGACCUCCCCUCACGUCCUCAACCCACUGCUGUGGACGACUCUGAACCAGAGACCUGUCAAUUCCGUCGUCAGAGCAAGCUCACUCUGACCCCUCGAGCUGUUCAAUCGACCCUCUCCAGCUGCCCUUCCGAUUUGAUUGCUCUGAGGUUCUUCCUCUGGUGCGCGGCGCAACCGAACUACUUCCACGACCGCGCCGCGUUCCAUCGCAUGGUUGACGUGGCCGCCCGCCUCACUGACCGGUAUAAGUCGGUGAGCGGCGUAGUUGGUGAGCUCGCGAGGGUCGGGUAUGUAAUAAAGGCGCAGACUUUCUUGAUUCUGAUGAGAAUAUAUUGGGCUGGAGGAUUGUAUGAGCUGGUCCUCGAGGCUUUCGAGCAAAUGGGAAGGUUUCGCUUUACCGGGAGCACAUUCGCCCGCAAUAUGGUCAUGGAUGUCCUGUUCAAGAUUGGCCGACCGGAUUUAGCUCUUGAUUUUCUGAGACAGACCCAGGUCCCGAACUUUCUAACUUUCAACAUCGCGCUGUGUAAUCUUUGUAGAAUGAACGAUUUCCUUAAUGCACAUGAAUUGAUGAGAAGCAUGCUGAAGAGCGGAUUUUAUCCUAGUGAAGACGCAUUUGAGAUGUUGCUGACCAGUUUUCGCACGGUGGGAAGGUUAUUGGAGGCAUCCCAAGUGCUUAGUCUUAUGGUUACGCUUGGAAUUUCCAUAUCCGUGAACACUUGGAGCAUUUUGAUUGAUGGGUAUUGCUCUUUAGGGAGGUUUGAUAUGGCAGAAUUCUUAUUAAGGAAGAUGGAGCAGACUGGAUGUUCACCUAAUGUUGUAACUUAUACAACUCUAAUAAAAGGAUAUUUAGAAUCAGGAAUGGUGAGUGAAGCCUUUAGAUUAUUAAGAGCCAUGGAUUUGAAGGGAAUUGGGCCCGACUUGGUUCUCUGUAAUGUAUUGAUAGAUUGUCUCAGUAGAAAUGCAUUGUAUGAUCACGCACUCCGCAUUUUUCUUAAGAUGCCCACAUGGAAAGUAGCACCUGAUUCUUAUACGUUUUCCUCAUUGUUAUCGACCAUAAUCCACUCGAGGAGGUUCUCCCAUUUGCCCAGGUUGAUAAGAGAAUUUGACAUCGAAGCAGACCUCGUGGUUUAUAACUCUCUCUUAAGUUAUUUUUGUAAAGCUGGCUUCCCUUCUGAGGCUGUAGAGUUGUACAAUGAUAUGGUCGAUAAAGGUUUGGCAGUGGAUAAUUAUACUUUUGCUGGAUUACUAUAUGGACUUUGUGGAGCUAGAAAAAUUGACAAGGCAGUUAAUGUUUACCAUGGCAUUGUAUUGCAUUAUCCCAGUCUUGAUGCUCAUGUCCAUACAACAAUAGUUCAUGGGCUCAUAGAAGCUGGUGAAUAUCAUGAAGCAAUUGGAUUGUUCAAGAAAGCCAUGAUAGAGAACUAUGCCUUGGAUGCGGUAUCGUACACAAUUGCAAUUCAUGGACUUCUCUUGGGUGGUAGAAGCAGUGAAGCUUCUGCCUUGUUCAAUAAAAUGAAGGAGAUUGGCUUGUAUCCUAAUGCCCAUACGUACAAUGUGAUGAUUGACGGUUUUUGCAAGGAAAAGGAUGGCGAAAUGGUGAUAAGGAUACUUAAAGAAAUGAUUGAUGCAAGGAUUCCAUUAAGACAUGAUAGUUUUCUUAGAGUUAUCAAUUUUCUUUCAAGAUCAUGCUAUGGAAAUUCAGCUUCUGGUCUGGUUGUUGAAGUGACGGAUACACGGCUACUUCCUUCCAGCACAACAUCAUUUUCUCAUGGAUAUUCUGAAGGUGUCCAUCUAAGUGAUAUGUAUUCUUCAUAUCUGGGAAAUUCUUCAGAAAAUAGUUCAUCUUCGGACACAUCCUGUUCUGAAGAUAUUGGUGAUGUGGCUGCUUCAUUGGGUUGAUGGUUGAACCGGUGAAGUGGGAUACUGGACAUGAAUAAUAACUUUCCGAUUUGGCAUAUCAAGGGGAAAAGAUUUUAAAGAAUUGUUCCAGUGGUGAAACCUAGAUUCUAAUGUGACCCAGGAUGGUUGCAUUUGAUUCAUAUACAAGCAGCAGUGAGUAUGGAGCUAAAAUGUUUUGCAUCAAGGGAUGACAUGGGGGAAACUUUUGCCUGUGAAAGAGCUGCACCUUAUAUGCUGCUGACCUUCUGUUGUAUGUAAUGAAGCCUCUCUGUCUAGAGAUAGAGCAUUUAGGUUCGGACCACCGAAGUUGAAGAACUUCCAUUGGUGGUGAUGAUUCUCGGGUUCUCACUCUCGGAUAACAAAGAAAAAGUAACAGAAGAGCGAGAACACUUGGUGCUAUUGAGGGCAUCCCUUUGACGAGAGUCAAUGUAAAUCUUGCAGGGGAGAUCUUUCUCUGCAAUUUUUGGUUGUGGAAUCGGUCUUUUCAUUCCCAUCAGCAAACUGAGUGAGAGUGAACAAUCCAGACCCUGCCAAGGUGCUGCGACAUGUCUGGGAAAGCAUGGAUAAAUCAUCAGAAGUGUGUUAACUCAAUACAUGGUCCCAUGGGAAGCUGACCUCAAGAAUUUUAGUUGAAAGAAUACUAUCAAUUUCUGGGGUAGAAGGUUCUGUUGUGAAUUUGACGACCAAGUGCAUUCUACUGUAAUCUUGUUGAGAGAAUAAUGUUUCGUCGGAUAAAAUUGAUUCGCCUCUAAUGUGUAGAUCUUUGUUUGGUACCUGCUGCUAAAUGUAUAUCAUUCUUUCUGAUGUUAUGAAUAAGAAGAAAAGGUUAUAUUGUUUAGGUACUGAA